AUGUUUACCAAGACGGUGAUGGAGCAGGAGCAGGAUCUGGCUCAGGCUUAUGGAACACUAUCAGGGAAGCCGCAACCAACGCGGAUCCAACGACAUGUACCGAACUGGCAAGAGCCAGCUCCUUCCCCCGACUCUCCCAACAAUGGUCUUCAUCAAUCUGAAUACAUCGCUGCAGAUGGGAGCACCGUCUCUAGUACAUCUAUAUCACCUCUCUAUCAUACGUCCUGUUCAGAAUACGGAUCUCCCUCUAAUCUGAUAUCAACGCCAUGGAACAUCUGCGGAGAUCUCGAUCGUCUCGAUCUAUCAGGAGAAGCCAUCACAGUUCCCAAUCAACCGAACCCUUUGACCCCGAGCUUGCGAGGCUUCAUGCUACUACCGCAGCGUCUCGAGCUAUGCUGCGCUCCAAAUGCUCCUAUGAUGCUUUAGGCGGUCCCAGUAACAUGGCCGUGCCUCAGAGGAAACAUCGCUCGGCCGAACCCCCGCAAAGACCUAACAAUGUCCCGGUUGGUCCUGGGACUUCUUCUCGUCGAUCUACGGCCGAUAAUUUGGGUGCCUCGAGUGUCGACCCAUCUUUAUCAGCCGCUCUGCCUUCAAUAAGCGAGUUUCGAGGGCUCGACGCCGGUGUUGCUGCUUUGCCUUCUUCCUACCGACGACUUCGCAAGACUCGAUCGAUGUUCUCGACUGGGCAGCGCUAUUCUCGCGGAACCUAUGGAUUAUCAUCUCCUGACUCCCUGAAUAAAAAUCUCGCGGGGCAAGUGGAAUCCCAGGUUAGUCCGCACGCAGGUGGCACAUUGAGGCGCUCCAUGUCAUUUUUUCGGGGGGACAACCGAGCCUCUGAUGCUCUCCGGCAUGCAAAGAGUCACGACGCGGCGAUUGAACUGGCACGCAAUAAUUAUCAGCAGUCAGGGGACCAUCUGUGCCAAUCCAGGAAAUCAUCACUACCAGUCCUUAAAUUGAGACGGGAGCACAAGCCAUUUAGGAAAACGCUCCGUACCGCAGUAUCGGAUGCAGAUGCAGCAAGCAUACCCUCGACGCAGAGGACUGUUAACACCUCAUCCUAUGGAAAAGCCAGAUCACUGUCUUCGUCUAUUAAGAAAGGGCUGAAAAGGGUGUUAGGGCUCUCCAAGCCCUCAGUCCAUCUACCUACUGAACAAACAUCAUCUUAUGAUCAGCAACGGGCCCAGGAGGCACAGCCAACUGUAUUCGAGAUGCACGCGGGCUCCCUGAAAAAAAGUGCCGAGACGACUGACAUGACGCCGUCGGAAGGUGCUGAAGGUCCCGUGCCACACCACGAAAUUAGGAGAACUGGAAGCUCUGAAAGUCUUGCCACAAGCCGCUCUCGGGUCACGAGUUGGGCCGACUCGACCAUAGCAAAUACCAUUGUCACACCUAAAGCCGGGGACCGCAGCUCCUUAUCUAUAAUCAACGAACGGGAGAGCUCGAUUCCCAAAGCCGAAGCGUCUGGAAACGAUUCGUUCACCAGAUGGAGCCCCAUCAGACCCGACGGUAUGAUCGACAGCCAGCGUUUAUAUUCCGCACUGAUGAAGCGCAUUGAUGGAAACAAUAAGCAGAACGCAAGCGAGGAGAUCGUCUUUGGUCACGUCAAGGAGCUCCGCGCGAUCCCGACUCCAGCGCCCUCCAUGUAUACACGUCGUAGUAGGCAGACAAUCCGUCUCAUCGCCAGCGAUGAGUCUAUCCAAACUCCGGGAUCAUAUACGACAGCUUACGCGGAUACGAUGACUCCUCGCGAGCCGUCGCAACGCGUAGUUCAGCGUAUUCACGGACCACAGCACUUGCAGGAAGGUGAAGUUCAUAACCCUUACGACUCUAGUCACGGGGAUUCGUCAAUCCAUGCAAAUGAGACGCACGAAGAAGACGCAAAGGGUGUGGUCAUGGAAACACCGCAGAGCCCAGAUACAGGAUUCGAUUCCCCUAGCGUUUAUUCGCGUACGACUAGUGGAAAUUCGCCCAGCACGACGGACCUGAAAAUAGCCACCAAUGGCCCUGAAACAGAGGAGGAGCCAGGCAUGGCAACAAUUUUUGCGAGCCAGCGCACGGCUUAUAGUUCCCCGAAACGGGGCUUCGGCCCGGGCCUCCAGGGGUCACAGCGACCGAGUGCUGAUUGGCAACAAUGGAUGCACUCUCAGAUGGCGAGAAUCGAGAAAACCGAGAACCUUGCACCAGCAAGAUAUCAUUACCGAGAAGAUGCACAAAUCCAUGACGAAGGGACGGCCUUUCCCUAUCGGACCCCAGCUCAUGAUAAAGGGGACUUUCGACAUGGGUUGCUUGAAGAUGAUAUGUGGACCACUUGCAAAGUAACUGCAAGAAAUAACUUUUCACGUCCAUUCAGCCGGUCGUCAAGUAUACGCACAACAGUGGCAAUUCCAAAGGAGCAGUCCAAUACUCCCCUGCGUCCACCCCCCCCUUCGGCCUCAAGCUCGCCAAAGAUACCAAGCAACUCCAGCGGACAUAGCUUCUUUCUUAACCAGGCUGAGACACGAUCUAACAGCACCGCAUUAUCGCCAGUACAUUUGGUAUCGACUAACCGUCUUCGAACUCCCGAGUCCCCGACCCCAAGAAGAGACGCGACCGACAAAAGUCAGUGGCAAGCAACUAGCAGAAAGCAAGGGAGGCACCCUUCCAGACAGCUUCCAGGAACUCGAGACUUGAAAACUUUCCAGGGCAGAUCUGCACGUGCCGUCCGCGAUAAUAAGAAGCUGACAGAUGAGAACCUCAGAGCUGAGAGUCGGUAUCGCGAUGUCACAAAUCAAGAUAGCCCACUUCAGAGCACGUUCUCGCCCAUUUCGAGCAAGCGUAUGGUAGAGAUGUUCCUAGAAAGCCGCCGUCACCAACCGGGGGCCGAGAUGCCUGACGAAGCAGCAUCUGAAGGCGCGUUCAUCUAACAAGGAUAGGGUAACAGGACAAGCAGGUCUACGUUGGUAUCUCUGCCGGGAAAGAGUAUCUGUUAUACACUUCGUUUUCCUCUGGCCAUGAACGGCGCUGUGAUGAUCAAACAAAUGAUUAGGACUGCAGGUGAUAGCACCACAUAUCAAGUUAAGUUCUGAUAGUGAUAGUGACAGUGGCAAUAAGCAUACCAUAUCAUUGUGAA